AUGUCUUGGUUCCCUGGACAGGGCGGCUACGGCGCUCAACAACAUAACAACUACGGCGGCUACCCUCCCUCGCAGUCUCCGUCGCCAUAUCCUCCUCAAGGCUACAACCAAGGCUACGGUCAACAACCAUACCCCCCUCAGACAUCCCAACCCUACCCGCCACAGGGUUACAGCGCUCCUCAGUACAGCCAAGCCCCGCCAAGUGUAGCGCCGUAUGGCUAUAACAACCCCCCUCCUCCUGCCCACGGCGGUUAUGGAGGAUACAACAGCCCACCGCCCCAACCGAACGGCUACCCUGGACCUCGAGUUGGCGUGCCAUCAUAUAACAACAACCAGUCACAAGGCUCGGGCGGUUCAAGACCCGCGCCUCCGCCUACCACUCCCCAGCAGUUUGGACACGGAGCGCCGGCAGGAUAUUCAUUCCAAUAUUCAAACUGUACGGGAAAGCGGAAGGCGUUACUGAUAGGUAUAAAUUAUUUCGGUCAGAGAGGGCAACUGAGAGGCUGCAUCAAUGAUGUGAAGAACAUGUCAACCUAUCUGAACCAGAACUUUGGCUAUGCUCGAGAGGACAUGGUAAUUCUCACCGACGACCAGCAGAACCCAAUGUCCCAACCGACAAAGGCCAAUAUACUCCGAGCUAUGCACUGGCUGGUCAAAGAUGCACGACCCAACGACUCAUUAUUCUUCCAUUACAGCGGCCACGGCGGCCAGACUCCAGACCUCGAUGGAGAUGAAGAAGAUGGCUAUGACGAAGUAAUAUACCCCGUCGACUUCCGGAACGCCGGUCACAUUGUGGAUGAUGAGAUGCACCGCAUUAUGGUCAAAUCGCUACCUCCUGGGGUAAGGCUGACCGCCAUCUUCGAUUCCUGUCACUCAGGCUCAGCACUCGACCUGCCAUAUAUCUACUCCACCCAAGGUGUCCUCAAAGAACCCAACUUGGCCAAGGAAGCUGGUCAAGGUCUGUUGUCGAUCGUCUCGUCUUAUGCUCGUGGAGACUUGGGCGGGAUGGCUUCUACGGCUAUGGGCUUGUUCAAGAAAGCCACGACGGGUAACUCGGUCAAUGAACGCAACAAGCAGACCAAGACAAGCCCCGCGGAUGUGAUCAUGUGGUCGGGCAGCAAAGAUUCGCAGACUAGCCAGGACGCCAACAUUGGAGGAGAAGCCACUGGCGCAAUGAGCUGGGCUUUCGUGACGGCGCUGAAGAAAAACCCACACCAGAGUUAUGUUCAACUGUUGAACAGCAUUCGUGACGAACUGGCGUCGAGAUACAGUCAAAAACCACAACUGAGCUGUUCCCACCCACUGAACACCGAUUUAUUAUACGUAAUGUGA